UCAGCGCGGAGCGGGUCUACGCCUUCGCCUACAGCAGCGAGCCCGGGCAGGUAGAUGCUGUGCGGGUAUAUGUGAACAGCAGCUCUGAGAACCUCCAAUAUCCAGUGCUGUUUGUAGUUCGCCAACAGAAGGGAGUGCUGUCGUGGCAGGUCCCGCUCAUUUUUCGAGGCCUCUAUCAGAGGACCUACAAUUACCAAGAAGUGAGUCGGACCCUCUGUCCCUCUGAGCCAACACCUGAGACAGGACCCUCUGACCAAAUUAUAUUUGUGGACGUCGCUUCCAUGGCACCAUUUAAUAUUGCGUAUGAGCUGCUAGUCACCAGGCUCGAGAACUUCCAACUUGAGACCAACAAAGCCUUUAACUUCACUGCCAGUCCUUCCCAGCCCCAGUAUUUUCUGUACAAAUUUCCUCAGGAUGUCGAUUCAGUCAUUAUUAAGGUGGUGUCUGAUGCAGUCUACCCAUGCUCAGUUGUCUCCGUCCAGGAUAUUGUGUGCCCAGUCUAUGACCUGGACCAUAAUGUGGAGUUCAACGGUGUUUACCAGUCUAUGACUAAGCAGGCAGCCAUAACGGUGCAGAGAAAGGACUUCCCAGGUGAACAGUUCUUCGUUGUGUUUGUCAUCAAGCCGGAGGAUUAUGCCUGUGGGGGUUCUGUGCCUUCUUCCAUUCAUGGGAAUGUCAACCGUACCUGGAACCUUCAGCGGACGAAGAACCUUCAAGUGACAAUUGUGCCCUCUAUUAAAAAAUCCAUUUAUGUCCAGGCCAUGUUCUUCAGCUUCCUGAGUUUCCUCUCCUUUUACCUGGGCUCGGUGGUUGUUGCUUUUGUGCACUACAUCAGGGUUCGGAGGAAGGCUUCGGCUGGGAGACUGAGUCCUGAGGAUGGAUCUGGGAUAAUGACAUCUUCGCAUCCAAUCACAGCCAGCACUCCUGAGGGAAGCAGCUAUGGUGCUAUUGACGAGUCAAGCUCCAGCGGUGGACGGCAGUUGUCCUCCCCGGGGUGUGGGCUGCCAGCUGGUUCUGACACAGACAGCUCUGUGGAGGAGGAGAGUGACUUUGACACCAUGCCAGAAAUUGAAAGUGAUAAGAAUGUCAUCCGCACUAAGGUAUUUCUCUAUCUAUCAGACUUGUCCAGGAAGGACCGAAGGAUUGUCAGCAAAAAAUACAAAAUUUAUUUCUGGAACAUCAUCACCAUUGCAGUGUUUUAUGCCCUGCCAGUCAUCCAGCUCGUCAUCACUUACCAGACGGUAGUGAAUGUGACGGGCAAUCAGGACAUCUGCUACUACAACUUUCUGUGUGCUCAUCCCCUUGGGGUGCUGAGUGCCUUCAACAACAUCCUCAGCAACAUGGGCCACAUGCUGCUGGGCUUUCUCUUCCUCCUCAUUGUGUUGCGCAGGGACAUUCUCCACCGUCGGGCCAUGGAGAUGAAAGAUAUCUAUACCCUGGACUAUGGGAUCCCAAAGCAUUUUGGUCUCUUUUAUGCUAUGGGCAUCGCUCUGAUGAUGGAAGGGGUGCUCAGUGCCUGUUAUCAUGUCUGCCCUAAUUACUCCAAUUUCCAGUUUGACACCUCCUUCAUGUACAUGAUCGCAGGGCUGUGCAUGCUCAAGCUCUACCAGACCCGCCACCCGGACAUCAAUGCCAGUGCCUACUCUGCCUAUGCCUCGUUUGCUGUGGUGAUCUGUCUGGCCGUCCUUGGAGUGGUGUUUGGGAAAAACGACAUGUGGUUUUGGGUCAUUUUCUCAAUGAUCCAUGUUCUGGCCUCACUGGCUCUCAGCACCCAGAUCUACUACAUGGGCCGCUUCAAGAUCGAUGGCCCUGACUCAGACUUGGGGAUAUUUCGACGGGCAGCGAUGGUGCUGUAUACAGACUGUAUCCAGCAGUGCAGUCGACCGAUGUACAUGGACAGGAUGGUGCUGCUCAUUGUUGGAAACCUGGUCAACUGGUCCUUUGCUAUCUUUGGACUGCUGUAUCGGCCCAGAGACUUCGCAUCCUACAUACUGGGAAUCUUUAUCUGUAACCUGUUGCUGUACCUGGCUUUCUACAUCAUCAUGAAGCUCCGCAGCUCUGAGAAGCUCCUGCCCAUCCCUCUGUUCUGCAUCGUGGCCACGGCAGUGGUGUGGGCAGCUGCCCUCUACUUCUUCUUCCAGACCCUCAGCAGCUGGGAGGAGACUCCAGCAGAGUCCCGGGAGAAGAACAGGCCAUGCAUCCUGCUGGGCUUCUUCGAUGACCAUGAUGUCUGGCACUUCCUCUCUGCAGCUGCCUUGUUCUUCUCCUUUCUGGUCCUGCUGACCCUGGAUGAUGACCUGGACACGGUGCGCAGGGACAAGAUCCCAGUGUUCUGAGUCCCCAGGGGAUGGGGGCGCAGGGACGUCCCAAACUGCUCAGCCAAAGACACUGGGUCACCGGCAUCUGUGGGGAAUGAGUCUGCUUCUGUGGCUGACAACCCCGUGGGAGCAGGGGUCCCACAGCAAGCACGAAGCAGUGCUGUGGUAACUGAGGGUGGGACCGGGAGGGAAGAUGACAUUUGGUCCUUUCCCACUGCAUCCUCUGGGGGCAGAUAUGACCCAGCGCUGAGGCCGGCGCACAGCCCUCUGGCUUGUAGGUGCAGCGGGUGCUGGAGCCAGUGAAGAGGGAGAAAACGUAAGGGGUGUUUGGGACCUUUUCUUCCCUUCCUCUCUGCUGAUGUGCUCCAUUUCCUCUCCGGUGAGUGGGCUUGACAUGUACAAUGCAGCUUCUCCUGCAUUAGCAGCCAAUGUCUGUAUCCUGGGGGCUGCUGCCCUCGGAGAGUCCCUUCGGCAGCACGGGGAGAGUGUUGGGUUCCUGUCCUGCAGUCACCAAGGGAGCAAAGGACUCCAAGCUGAGGUGGUAUUGGAGGACUGUUUUCUUUGGGUUUUUUUGUUGUUGUUGGAGAGGCUCCUCCUACAGCUGGUGAGGAGCCACAGUAACAAGAGACUGCAGCAUUGGAGGGAGAUGGUGGAGCAGAGCUGCCAGAGCGCUCUGCCAGAGACAGAACUUCCCGCCUUGCUCUUGCAGCCUCUCCCACUCACAUUGAACAGCCUCACUUCUCUCUGGCAGCCCCUACGCAGGCACUUGUCAGUGUGAUGGUCUCCUUCACAGCACCACGAGUACUGUCCUCAAGCCACCCUAAGAGAGAUGGUGUGGUGAAGCUGCAGAUUUACACGCUGGGCAGCUCCUUGGCUCCUGCAGCGUGGCCUUGCCGAGGGGCAAGGUGGAACAGAGAGGCUGUUUGGUGGCCUCAGACUUUUCUCCUCCCACAAGCUUGACUUGGGCAGACUUGUCAAAGCACAGGUUCCCUUACAGGCUGGGAGUGUGGAGGAGAUUUUGGGGCAGCUGGGGUCGAGCUCUCUAGCUAAAGAUCUGGACCAAACUUCUUUCCUCUCCAACUUCUCUGCGUCUGAAAUAAGUUUGUUUGUUUUUUUUUUUUUUAAAUGGCUUCUGCAUUCUUCCUGAAUUCUUAGUAAUUUAAAAACAAGAAUAAGGUGUGAAUUAAUUCAGGCCUUGCAUCUAAAAUGUGACCUGUUUUGCUAAUUCUGAAUUAAAAAGUAUUCUUUGAGGCCUGCUGUCCUUAUUCUUGCCAUUGUCUGAGCAUUUUUCCUUUGGUGUAUGUGCAUGCAUGCAGUGAUGCAAAGGCUCCAUUCCCCUUGUGCUUACCAAAGCAGAAGACUAUGGUAGUUUUCCACACGGAGAAGUCUGUAUCUCCCAGACAGGUUUUGCACUAGUUGAUUUUUUUUUUUUUUUUUUUUCCUAAGUUGGAGUUUGUUGAGACAGUCAAUAAAAUGAAUGUUUUUGGUUCCCUGCUCUGCAGGUUGAUCUGAAUUCCUUCUGCUUCAGUUCUCAGGAGCAGCAAAGAGAACACUUGGGUCAGAGGGGUGCCCAGUGGUGUCACACAGCUGCUGUCAUCCUUAGGACCCUUGAAAAGUUUCCUUAAGCAUAGGUGCAGAUGACCUGCUUGUUUUCUUAAUCAAAUUGCCUUUGUGAGGCUAAAUAAAGAACAGACGCUCUUGCUUGUCCCUGUAGCCCCUUCAGCAGAGUGAGGAGAGGGCCAGAGGAGGAAUGACAUGAGGCUGCUGGCUGUUAAUCUUCCUGAUCAAAGCUGCCCAGCUUCAGUGAUGUAGCUGCAUUUCAGCUGCCAGAACAUGCAGAAGGUAGUGGUGGUCCCUGUGUGCUGUGUUGUAUUACAGUGCUUUGGGCUUGACUUGCAGGUUUAUCACGCAAAUGGAGGUGUGAAUGUUUCAUGUUUGAAAUAGGGGUUGGUUUCUCAGGCUUGUGGCAAAGCACGAGCUUCUCUUAAUAGUGACAGCACAGGCGGCAGGGAAGGAGAUGACACUUGCUUUUUUCUGAGACGCACCAGCAGAGGGGUAUCAAGCUGAGGAUAGUCCAUGUUUUCCAUUCAGCCACGCUGCAGUCUUGCCAUAUGUUCUUGGUGUGUCUAAAAUGGCAGAAUCCAAUAUUAGCUACAUAGGCUUGCCCGUAGCUUCCUUUUUCUUCCCGUAAGAAAAGACUGCCAGGAAGUCUGGGGCACAAAAGAAACCCCAAAUCCUUAUUGCUGAGUGCAGCAAGGCUGAGCCACCCCACAUUAGGGACUCCUGGUGAGGCUGUGGCACUCUGUCUUGCCCAGCAUGGUUAUGAGUGUGCUGUGCAGACAGAGCCAUCUGGGUUUCUCUAUUCGGAGGUGUACAGAUGUUUGACCUGGCAGCUUUUUUGCAACAUGCGCUCUGUGCUGUCCUGUUCCCCUCCCUGCAAAUGGAAGGGCUGCUGUAGGAGCCUGAGCGCUGCACUUCCAGUUCUCUGAUUAGUGAAACCAAAAUUUGUUGUGAUAAUAUCUGAGGUGCUUUUCGGAGCCCUACUUGGAGGGAAGGCGGUAAUACGCAGUGAUAGCCCUGCUGCCAGCACCAUCCAUUCCCUCCCUUCUCUCUGCCUCUCUGGUCCCAGCCCAGCAGCAGGAGCAGAGGUCUGAGGCCUGGUUGUGUGGUGCCACCUGGAAGCUGCAUGAAGAGCUGCAGCGGUAGAUCUGUUGGAACAUGAGGUGCUUGUGUGACAGUUACAUCAUUUGCUGCUGUGGUGAGCUGGGGAGCAAGUGAGGUGAUUUGCGGCCAGGACCAGGGGCAGUAGCAGUGGAAGAAGGUGAGAAAAUUUUCUCAUGGAGUCCUCACCACAGGCCUUGCAGGAACAGUUUCUUGCUCUAACAAACGCCUGGAAAAGUUCAGGUCGAGCCCUGUGUGUGCAGGGUGGGUUACAAGGCUUUAUGUGGGGAGGGGCCUGCCAGACAGCAGUGCUGUGGUGGGCAGGAUAAAUCCCUGGGUGCUGGGGCCAUGUGGGGGUUUGAGGGAAAGGCUGUGGAUG